AUGGUGGACGAUGACAAGAGCCGCGAAGCCGCUCUCUUUCCGGUCCACCUUUCAUAUCACUCCACCCUCACUGACGCUUCGCAUUUGGCCACUUUCUCGAGCCUCAGCAGCAAUCUUCUCAGUACGGUCGCGUUUGGAGCUCACUUUCUUGAUUUUCUCCUCAGUAGGACCUAUUUACGUGAUUCAAAGGAUGAAGAAGAAGAAUCAGAAAGUAAAGACGAACGGGAAAAAGAAGAGAAGAAUCGAAAAAUCGGCCGCGUCCGAGUGAAGAGCAUGGGAACCAAUCCACCGCCGCGAAGUACGAUCGACACCGCUUCAACGACAACAGUACGAGCCCGACUUCUUCUUGAACUCGUUACGGGCAAGAUCCUACUUCAACCCUUCAUAUACUUUCAAGGAAAAAGGAUACGGGCUUUAAGGACUGAACUCCACCGCAACAAAUACACUCAUGCUCUGGUUUGUCUUGUCGGAGCAAUUGAGCAUGGGAUGCUAGAAUUCAGGCAAUUUCUGAUGCUAGCAUUAGUCCUCCAUGGUUACUCAAAAGAAAAUUCAACUUCAUUUGUGAAGGAGGUCAACAUGGAUGUGGAAAAUGAUAUUGCACCUGAAAAUGUUGAACUUCGGAGGAUUCCUCAGAGGAAGGUGACAACUCGUAAUAUCCUAGAGUGCGACAUGUCAUCAGAUACAGCUGUGCAUGAACUCUUGGAAUGCCCCAUCUGUACGAAUGUUAUGUACCCGCCUAUUCACCAGUGCCCAAAUGGCCACACCUUAUGCUCCAAGUGCCAGUCAAAGGUACGUUGCUGCCCGAUUUGCCGCCGCCAGCUCAGCAACAUAAGGUGCUUGGCCCUCGAGAGGGUUGCCGAGUCUCUUGAGCUGUCUUGCAAAUACCAAAGCCUCGGCUGUCAAGACAUAUUUCCUUAUCUUGACAGGCUGGGGCACGAGGUGAAUUGCCGUUUUCGCCCUUACAACUGCCCAUAUGCUGGGUCUGAGUGUCAUGUGACGGGGGAUAUCCCGUUUCUAGUGGGGCAUUUGCAGGUUGAUCAUGAGGUGGAUAUUCAUGAUGCCUCUACUUUUAACCACAGAUAUGUCAAGUCCAGACCAGAGAACGUCGAGAAUGCCACGUGGAUGCUGACUAUCUUCAACUGCUUUGGCUACCAAUUCUGCUUGCACUUUGAAGCUUUCAACCUCAGGAUGGCCCCGGUUUACAUGGUGUUUGUUCGUUUCAUGGGGCACGAUGAUGACGCGCGAAAGUUUCGUUACAGCGUGGAAGUCGGCUCAAACGGCCGGAAGCUGACAUGGCAAGGAAUCCCCAGGAGCAUUCGUGAUAGCCAUACAGAAGUAAGGGACAACUUGGAUGGUCUCAUCAUCCACAGAAACAUGGCCCUCUUUUUCUCUGGAGGUAAUGGGAGAGAACUCAGGCUGAAAGUGGCCGGACGCAUAUGGAAAGAACAAGCAUGAGAAGAAAAAAGAAAAAAAAAAGGAGAAAAUAUGUUGUGUAUCUUGGGUUCGUGGGCCGAGGUUCGAUGAACAGAUAACAUGUGUAUAGAAAACAGACUCAUGGGGAUGGUAUAGAGUAAACUAUUAACCAGCAAAGUUGUGAGUAGUUACUUUUGAAGAAACUGGUUGUUUAAAGUGAUGAAUCAUUGUGUUGUUCUUGUACUGAGAAUGCAUUACAAGCCAGUGGUGUAUAAUAUAAUAGAGGUGAAAAGGUGUGUUGUACUAAUGAGAAAGACAAUGUUCAGUUGGUUUAACAUGGCAGCUAGAGCAAAUGAUUCAUGUCUACUUGUUCCACAUUAUGGACGGCAAUGUGGUAUGCCAUUCGAUAUGCAUAUUUGUCAAGAAGAUAUAUUUGGCUUAUGUAGGUUUCACAAUUGUCCCAUCUUUCACCAUUCAUUUGGUAUCAUGUGUUAAUUCAGAAUAGUACAUGCCACAUUGUCACUUUCUUG